GGAAAUAAAAAAUAAAAAGUUGAAAAAAGAAGGAACGAGAAAAGAGAGGAUAAAGAAGAAAAACCUAAAUCCACACACAGUCCGGGCGAUACAAAACGGAAACCCCCAAACCUCCGAUUUAUCGCGAUAAUUAAAGAAAAACCCUGAAAAAUCAGCCCUCCUCCGUUUUUCUCUCCGUCGAGAACCAAUAACCAGUCUCCUCUCUCCAUCUCUGCGCAGGCAUGCGCAUACCAGAGACCCGAUAAUCAGCUACUUUCUGCUGAGUUUUGCUUUGCACCGUCGUAGGUUGACAUACAGCGCCCGAAAGAAUGGUUCGAGAGAAGGACUCCUGUUGGGAAUAUGCUGAUAAAUUGGAUGGAAACAAGGUGAGAUGCAAGUUUUGCCAGAGAAUUCUGAAUGGUGGCAUUAGUAGAUUGAAGCAUCAUCUAUCUCGACUUCCAAGUAAGGGUGUAAAUCCGUGUAGCAAAGUAAGAGACGAUGUUACUGAUAAGGUGAGGACCAUAAUAGCAGCAAGGGACGAGAUCAAAGAAACUCCUAGUAGUAAGAAGCAAAAGUUAGUAGAAGUGAAAUCUCCUGGAACUGGAAAUGUCUCUGCUAGUAAAUCUCUCGUGUCUUUGGACACACCACAAACUCCAAUUCAGAAAGUUUUUCCUAACGUCACCGUCACUCCAGUGGUCCUUUCCGGGCCUCCCCCCUUGAAUAGCCAUGAGAAUGCAGAGAGAAGUAUUGCGCUGUUCUUUUUCGAGAACAAGCUUGACUUCAGUAUAGCCCGUUCUUCGUCCUAUCAGCAAAUGAUUGAUGCCAUAACAAAGUGUGGUCCUGGAUUUGUAGGUCCAUCUGCAGAAACUUUGAAGACUAAAUGGCUGGAAAGUAUCAAGUCUGAAAUGAGCCUACAGUCAAAAGAUAUUGAAAAAGAGUGGACUACCACGGGUUGCACCAUCAUCGCUGACACAUGGACUGACAAUAAGUCAAGAGCCUUAAUCAACUUUUUGGUUUCAUCACCCUCACGGACCUUUUUUCACAAGUCGGUGGAUGCAUCUGCGUAUUUCAAGAACACAAAAUGCUUGGCGGAUUUAUUUGAUUCUGUUAUACAAGAUUUUGGCCCGGAAAAUGUUGUGCAGAUCAUCAUGGAUAGUAGUUUCAACUAUACUGGGGUUGCAAACCAUAUCUUGCAGAAUUAUUCGACCAUUUUCGUGUCUCCUUGUGCCUCUCAAUGCUUAAAUCUUGUUUUGGAGGAAUUCUCGAAGGUAGAUUGGGUGAAUAGAUGCAUCUCACAAGCACAAACCAUUUCGAAGUUCAUCUAUAACAAUGCCCCGAUGCUUGAUCUGAUGAAAAAGUUUACUGGGGGACAGGAACUCAUUAGAACCGGCAUCACGAAGUCUGUUUCCAACUUCCUCUCCUUGCAAUCUAUCUUGAAGCAACGGUCAAGGUUGAAGCACAUGUUCAACAGCCCUGAGUAUUGCACCAACUCAUCUUAUGCGAAUAAAACACAGAGCAUUUCGUGUAUUUCCAUUGUCGAGGACAAUGAUUUCUGGAGGGCAGUGGAAGAGAGUGUGGCCAUCUCCGAGCCAUUUCUCAAAGUGUUGAGGGAAGUGUCUGGAGGAAAACCUGCUGUGGGUUAUAUAUAUGAGCUAAUGACCAGGGCCAAGGAAUCGAUAAGGACAUACUAUAUAAUGGACGAGAAUAAGUGCAAGACCUUCUUAGAUAUCGUAGACAGAAAGUGGCGGGAUCAACUUCAUUCGCCUCUACAUGCAGCAGCAGCGUUUUUAAACCCCGGCAUCCAAUACAAUCCGGAAAUCAAAUUUCUUACAUCUAUUAAGGAGGACUUCUUUAAAGUUCUGGAGAAGCUUCUGCCUGUGCCUGAGAUGAGACGCGACAUCACGAGUCAAAUAUUUACAUUUACGAAGGCAACUGGGAUGUUCGGUUGCAGCCUCGCAAUGGAAGCAAGAGAUGUAGUUUCACCUGGCCUUUGGUGGGAACAAUAUGGCGAUUCUGCACCCGUGUUGCAACGUGUUGCCAUCAGAAUACUCAGCCAAGUUUGCAGCACAUUCACAUUCGAGAGGAACUGGAGCGCAUUCCAGCAGAUUCACUCGGAGAAGCGCAAUAAGAUCGAUAGAGAAACACUCAACGACCUCGUCUACAUAAACUACAACCUCAAGUUAGCAAGGCAGACGAGAACGAAAGCUUUGGAAGCAGAUCCGAUUCAAUUCGACGACAUUGACAUGACAUCGGAGUGGGUGGAGGAGAGUGAUAGUCCAAGCCCUACUCAAUGGCUUGAUCGGUUUGGGUCUGCUCUGGAUGGGAGUGACUUGAACACAAGACAGUUUAGUGCUGCCAUGUUUGGUUCAAACGACCACAUCUUUGGUUUAUGAUUGUGACUGCCUUUUGUAUUCCUUGAAAGGUACUUCCUCCUGUAAGUGCUAUUUGUACUCAUCCGAACAAUGUUAUUUGUAGAGGCGAGCCUCACUUGGACGGAAGAAUAACUGUUAUAAAAAGUUAGUCAAUAAUAUAGUCUAAAUAGCAGCA